AUGAGUGGCAGUGGCUCUGGUUCUGGACCACUCCAGCCUACAUGGCAUGGAUUCAUACAGAACAGCAUGGAUGGACUUGUCCUUUUCGAAGCCUGUCUGAGCGGAAAGCUUCACCAUGUACCUCGUCGUCCUCACGAUCGUGAGAGAGCAAGCUUGAUCAAGAGCGGAAGUGUCUUCAUCUACGAAGAGAAUGCUUCAGGCAUCAAGCGUUGGACAGAUGGUGUCGCCUGGAGUCCCAGUCGCAUCCUAGGAAACUUUCUGAUCUACCGCGAACUCGAGAAACCCUUCCCUCCCGGCGAGAAGAAGCGAGCAAUGAAACGCAAACGAUCCUCGCAAGAACCCGAAGGCCGUCGUGAAUCCGAGGAGAACGAAGUCGCCGACGAGAAAGAGGUGGAGCGUCAGCUCAUCGGCUCGCUUGUUGACAGCUAUGGCUUCAGACCUAAUGGUCUUGUCAAGAAGACCAUGAGCAUUUCGUUGAACGGUGUCUCGCAUCACCUGGUCUCUUACUACACAGUGGAGGAUGUCAAGCAACGAAAGCUCCAACGCCCAUUGACCGACAACCGCCUUAACGGCAUAGCGAUUCGCCCCGAGCUGUACUUGAAGCAAAACUUCCGCGCACCUGUCGAAGAA